GGGGAAUGUGAGGAAGGCGAUCAGCAGCCGGCUCUGUCGAGGGUCUUGCUGGACCUGAGGGUGUGAGCCGAGAUGGAAGGAACAGUUCCGGCGACCUUCCUAGUCCACUAAGCGCACAGGAACCCCCCCGACCAGUGACAGGAAAUGGUGACAGGAAUUAUGGGCUUCCAAAUGCUCCCGCCCAUUAGUUUUUACAAACAUUCUAUGCGGGAAUGUCUGGGUCUCUGCCUUUACGGAAGGAGUUACCAGACUAGACAGAAGAAAGUGGGGAUUAACCUAAAGACCGCACUUGGAUAAGCGCGGUAGUAAGGACGAACAGUGAUGGCAGGAACUUGGGUGGGCUGGCAGAGGAGGUGGACGACAAGGUUCUUCAUGCUGCUUUUAUCCCAUUUGGAGACAUCACAGAUAUUCAGAUUCCUCUGGACUAUGAAACAGAAAAGCACCGAGGAUUUGCUUUUGUUGAAUUUGAGUUGGCAGAGGAUGCUGCAGCAGCUAUCGACAACAUGAAUGAAUCUGAACUCUUUGGACGGACAAUCCGUGUCAAUUUGGCCAAACCCAUGAGAAUUAAAGAGGGCUCUUCCAGACCAGUUUGGUCAGAUGAUGACUGGUUGAAGAAGUUUUCUGGGAAGACUCUUGAAGAGAAUAAAGAAGAAGAAGGACCCGAGCCUCCCAAAGCAGAAACCCAGGAGGGAGAACCCACUACAAAAAAAGCGCGGUCAAAUCCUCAGGUUUACAUGGACAUCAAGAUUGGAAACAAGCCAGCUGGCCGAAUCCAAAUGCUGUUACGUUCUGAUGUUGUUCCCAUGACAGCAGAGAAUUUCCGUUGCCUGUGCACCCAUGAAAAGGGCUUUGGCUUCAAGGGAAGCAGCUUCCACCGCAUCAUCCCCCAGUUCAUGUGCCAGGGUGGUGAUUUCACAAACCACAACGGCACGGGGGGCAAGUCCAUCUAUGGAAAGAAGUUUGAUGAUGAAAACUUCAUUCUCAAACACACAGGACCAGGCCUUCUCUCCAUGGCCAAUUCUGGCCCAAACACCAAUGGCUCCCAGUUCUUCCUGACCUGUGAUAAGACAGAUUGGCUGGACGGCAAGCAUGUGGUAUUCGGGGAGAUCACUGAAGGCCUGGAUGUCUUACGGCAGAUUGAGGCUCAGGGCAGCAAGGACGGGAAGCCAAAGCAGAAGGUGAUCAUCGCUGACUGCGGAGAAUACAUGUGACGCUGUGCUUGUCCUCACUCUGCACACAGGGACGGGGCUGCCAGGCCGCCGGCCUAGACAGUGCACUACCAGUAUGUCCUGAGCUGACUAGAUCCAUUUUAUUUGCUAAAAUAAACUAUUUUUUUGUACUGUUGCCUCCAUCAA